AUGGACAAUGAUUCCGAGAUUAAUUUUGAUGAUAUCUAAGAUGAUGAUGGACUAUUAAAUAAUGAAUAAAAUGAAAAUAAACAAAAAGAAUAGACAAAUAACUAAGAGAAGGAAAAGGAUAAUCAAGGUUAACAAUAAGAAAAUUAAUAAAAUUAGAUUAAAGAUGAUGAAUAUGAAUAAUUUAGUGAUGAUGAUUAAUAAGAUUUAAAUAAAAAGAAUAAAAAAUAAAAUAAUGGGUAUUUUGAUGAUGAUGAUGAUGAAAUGGAAAAAGUGAAUUAAGGUGAUUAAAAAGAUAAAGUGUAGGAAUAAAAUAAAGUUUAGGAAUAAGUUUAAUAAUAAUAAGAUGAACACUAAACUCCACUUAAGGAAUCAGAUAAAGAUUAAAAUGAAAUUAAUGAAAAUAACACUAUUGAUAAAAGCAAUCAAAGCUAACCAAAAUAUGAACCUGACUCUCAAGAAAAAUAGGAUAAUGAAUCAUAAUUAGAUCAUUAAACCUCAGAAUUUAAAGAUGAUUAAGAUUAAAAUUAAUUGAAUGAGGAAGUUACAAAUCAAUAGGAAGAUAAAAAUUCAAUUAAUAAUGAUGAAGAAAAUUAAUCUAAAAAAAAUGAAAAUUACAUAGAAGAUUAAAGUUAAUAAGAAAAUUAAGAAUAAGUUGUAGAAAAAAAGAAAAAACCUAAUAAAAAAACAAAGUAAGAAAUUGAAAUAGAAAAAAAAGAAAGAGAGAAAAAGUAAAGAGAAGAAUUGAAAAAAUAAAUGGAAAAUGAUCUUAAAAAUUUUGAAUAAUAAAUUAAAGAAUAAUAAAUUGAAGAAGAAACAAAGAAAAUAGAAGAGAAAAAAAAAAUGCAAGAAUUUUAUACCUUAUAAAGAAAAGUAUAAUAGAAUUCUUUGUAAACAAUUAAUAAAGUUUCUAUUUUAUAACCAAUUUUACCUUAAGUUAAAGCCAAUUAUAGAAAAAGAGUAUAAAUUAGUGAAGACAUUCUAAUGAAUAAGAAAGCUUAAGAAUUAGUAUAAAAAUAUAAUUCAGAAAGACAAGGUUCAUUAGAAUAGUAUUAAUCAAACUUAUAAAAGUCAAUUGAUGAAAAAAGUGCUUUAUUUUUAACUAAAAAUUAAAAUGCAAUCAAAGAAGUAUAAAAAUAUGAGACAACUUCUAACAGAGGCAAAGAGGAUCCUAUUAAAUUAAAUAAUUAAUCAUCAAAAGGAAAUUUAAAGAAUACAAAGAAAUGA